GCGGCCCCGCGUGCUCCGGGGCGCACAGCCGGUCCCCCCGAGGGCGCCGCCGGCCGCCCCGCCCCGCCCCGCCCCUCGAACCCGCCGAGCGGUCCCCGCUGUGGGCUGCAAAGUUUCGCUGCGCGAGUCCGCUGGGGCGUCGCGUCAGCUCGGGCUUGGCUCGGCUCCACGGUGCUCCGGACGGCUGUGACCGCUGGCCCGGGGCUUGGGAGGCGCUGACAGACCUGAGCGCUCGGCUCCCGCCCGCCUCCACUCCGCGCCCCGCGCGGAUCUCGGCAUCCAGCGCCCUCGCGCCCUCCGGUGCGCCCGCGCCUUCUCUCCUCCUCCCCGGCUUCGACCCAUCGCCGCCGCCACCCACCAUGGCCCGUGGCCCUGUUCGGAAGAGCCCGGGACCGGGGCCCCAACUGCUCCCGCUGCUGCCUCUGCUUCUGCUGUUGCUCCGGGACGCAGGCGGCAGCCACCAGGCGCCCUCCAGGUCCGCCCCGCCGGCAGCCGCUGAUGGCCUGGCUGGGAUCAAAGACCCCUGGCGGCCCCCGGGGGAGGCCGCCGCCACUCUGGGCCCCGGCGCCCAAGACAUGGUCGCUGUCCACAUGCUCCGGCUUUAUGAGAAAUACAGUCGGAGGGGCGCGAGGCCGGGAGGGGGCAACACGGUUCGAAGCUUCCGUGCCCGGCUAGAAGUGGUCGACCAGAAGGCUGUGUAUUUCUUCAACCUGACUUCUAUGCAGGAUUCAGAAAUGAUCCUCUCGGCCACAUUCCACUUCUACUCGGAACCUCGGUGGCCCCGGGCACGAGAGGUGCCAUGCAAGCAGCGGGCCAAGAAUGCCUCCUGCCGCCUCCUGCCCCCGGGCCUGCCUGCACGCCAACACCUGCUCUUCCGCAGUCUCUCGCAGAACACAGCCACGCAGGGGCUGCUCCGCGGGGCCAUGGCCCUGGCGCCCCUGCCACGGGGCCUGUGGCAGGCCAAGGACAUCUCCCCUAUCAUCAAGGCAGCCCGCCAGGAUGGCGAGUUGCUCCUCUCUGCCCAGCUGGAUCCUGCGGAGAAGGCCCCAAGGGUGUCCAGGCCAAGCCCCCACGAGCCUUACAUCCUCAUCUACGCCGACGACCUGGCCAUCUCAGAACCCAAUAGUGUGGCAGUGACGCUGCAGAGAUAUGACCCCUUCCAAGCUGGAGACCCGGAGCCCGGCGCAGCCCCCAACAGCUCAGCAGACCCCCGGGUCCGCCGGGCCACGCAGGCCACCAGGCCCCUCCAGGACAAUGAGCUGCCAGGUCUGGACGAGAGGCCAGCGCACGCCCCCCAUGCCCAGCAUUACCACAAGCAUGAACUGUGGCCUGGCCCCUUCCGGGCCCUGAAGCCACGGCCAGGGCGCAAGGACCACAGGAAGAAGGGCCAGGAUAUGUUCAUGGCCUCCUCGAGGGUGCUGGACUUCGACGAGAAGACGAUGCAGAAAGCCCGGAGGAAGCAGUGGGCCGAGCCAAGGGUCUGCUCCCGCAGGUAUCUGAAGGUGGACUUCGCAGACAUCGGGUGGAAUGAAUGGAUCAUCUUGCCCAAAUCCUUCGACGCCUACUACUGCGCGGGGGUUUGCGAGUUCCCCAUGCCCAAGAUGGUCCGCCCGUCCAACCACGCCACCAUCCAGAGCAUCGUCAGGGCUGUGGGCAUCGUCCCGGGCAUCCCAGAGCCUUGUUGUGUUCCCGACAAGAUGAACUCUCUUGGGGUCCUCUUCCUGGAUGAGAACCGGAACGUGGUUCUGAAGGUGUACCCCAACAUGUCUGUGGAGACCUGUGCCUGCCGGUAAGACCAGCCACUCCGGGAUGGAAGGAAACCUCCGUCCCGCUCCACACCCAGCAGGGCAGCAUCCUCAGGGCCUUCUGGGGUGAGGGCUGCAUAUGCGGGCAGAGCUCACAGGCACCCUUGCCGGGUCCCAGAAAGAUCUGUCCCUCUGGGGCCCAUCCUGGGGUCUCUCAUUGCUGAUGACUUAGCCCCCUACAUGCCAGUCUGAAUCUCCUGAAGGAAUCGGGGAAUUAGCCUUCACCUGAAGGCUGCUCAUCGUCCAUCCCCUCUGCUCUGAAGACCUGAAAGCCGAACGGGUCCACCAUGUUGGCUUAUGUGACCCAUCCUGUCAUCACCAGGGAAGAAGGCUGCAGAUGUGAGGGGACCUGCUCUCUUCACAAGGGAAGAACCUCUGUCUAAACAGUCAGUUGAAAACAUGUUGGGCCACAUAUUGAUACUGAAACGCAACGCCUAAAUAACGGUAUGAACUUUGAAACUCCGCUGCAAAAGCUUUCACACAUAGAGUAUGCACAUAUAACCAAUCGUGGUUUCUUUUUCUUAAUAUAUAUUUUAUUUUAAAAGAAAGAGGAGGGAGUAGACACCAUUCCCCAUAGAGGUAAUCAGGCUGGUUAAGUGUGCAUUGUUUAAACAUGUUUAUUGAAAUAACACAUGCAGUAAUAUGUUGGAAUACUAAAAAAUAACCAAGAUUUUUAUAUUUUUGUAAAUUAUACUUUCUAUCCUGUAGAUUGUGUAUGUUAUGUGUUUUUAUGGAAAGCUAAUAAAUUAAAGGUACAGUGGUAUCUUGAAAAACUAAAUGUCACCCAUUCCAAAAUAUGGAUAGAGCCCCACCUACAAAUAUGACAUGUUGGUGGCCACUGGGCCCUCCGUUAGGAGCAGAGCCCCCCUAGGCCUCUCCACACCUGUCUCUAUCCUAAGCUCCGGAAACCAGCUACUCCUAAGCCUGCCAGCAUCCUGCCCGCGCCCACUUUGCUGCGUAGGUGCCAUCCUGGGCUCAUCCAGGCAGGAGAGGGCCCCCAGGCAGGCACAGUGGUUUCACAGAGCUUCUUCACAUCCUUAGCUUCAGAGGAGACAUUGAGCGAUUGAAAGGUGUCUGAGCCAUUUAAAGGAACAAUCUGUGGUGCCCUGGGUAGAGACCUCUUACGUGGGACAGUUCAAGCAAGAGAUUCAACGGGAAGCAGGCAGGGGCGUCUCCUGAGGUCCAGGAGCUUCUGCUUCCUUGUCAGCAGCCCCAUCCCCAAAGGCCUUCCCACGAAUGGUUCCCUUACCCCCGAACUGACAGCACCCCAAGAAGGCAUCAACUCUAGUGCCUGAAGCUGAUCGACCGGCAUUUCUGAAGAAGAAUCUGGCUCCGAUUUGGGGCAGGUGUAUAACAGCCCUUCAGGUGGGACCUGAGAGGAUGAUCCAGCCCCAAGUCUUACUUGGAGGAGAUUGAGAAGCCAUGAGCAAGUCCUCUGAGAGGGAACUUAGGAGGAGAAAAGAAGCCCAUGAUGUCUAUCUUAAGUCAGGCUCCUGAGCCGAGUGUGCCUGGGCAAGGGAUAGAUGAGAAAGUGCUCCCAGGAAAGACAGGCAAGGAAGGGGAAAAACUGGUCGGGAGGCCAAGAAGCCAGGCAUCCCAGAUCCUGGAUCUUGUGGGGAGCUCUGGAGCUUAAUUAUACCUCAGGGUUCGCCCAGCCUUGAAGCAAGGGAGCUGGACAUUCAGACCGCUUCUUCAGGUUGCUCCCGGGUGGGGAGAUGGAAACUCCCAGUUCUCUGGCUCUCUUCCUGGGAGCUCUAGAAGCCCAGGUGGCCUCUGAAGAAGGCUGCGGUGGCUGUAGCCGGAGGCAGAGCCACAGACACUGGAAGGAGUACCCAGAACAGGUAGGUGUGGGGAGGGGGUCCUCAGGGCACCAAGUGGAGCCCAGCAGAGUCUGCUCAGCAUCUCCUCCGAGGUGCUCCAACUGGUCCUGGGACAUGUGUGGGGACAGCGGCCCUCCCCAGGCAGACAUCAGGUGAGGCAAGGGAGUGGUCCUGCAGGGACUGGGCUGGGCCUACAGGAUCCGUUCUCUGGACUGGGGU